UGGGAAACUUCAUUUCAUUAUCAGCCGGUCGAUUAUUUAGUAUUUACGCAUACAAGUAACUUAAAGCGAGGUAAAUAUUGUAAAAAAAUACGAUGAGUGAUCUAUUGGAAGAUGAUCUCGAGUUUCGUGGUGGUACUCUGCAACUGUCCUCUGAAAAUGCUAACGCGGAAGCACGACGUAAUCAACGAGAAAAUACAUCUAACUCAAAUACACAAGUUAAUCCAUCGGUCUUAUCUGGUGCAGACUCUCUGACUUCAUCGUCCUCGUCAUUCGCAGAUGCAAGACAAGACAAUCAAGCAAAUGCUCAACAGGAAAAUGAUACCGUACGGACGGUGUACCCUCGUUAUGACAUGCCAUUCAACAAAGAAAACAUUAAGGAUUUCUUUACAUUCCGCAAAGGAGUCGUAGAAAAUGCUAUUCAGGAGUGUAUUACAGCUCUCUUAUUCCCUGAAGAUGGAGAAUACUUAGGUUCCUGGUUAUUAACAGAGAUCACAUUAUGGGAUAAUGAGAAAGAAAGGAUUGUCCUUCUAACUUCAAGAUUAGUUAUGACUAUAAAGUAUGACUUCAUUGCUAUGAAGCAGUUGGACUUCAAGAAGACAUAUUUAGAUGAUCUAGACACCAUAGUCAUAGGAGAAUUAGUUUAUCCGCCGUCUUCUCUAGUGCCAGAACGAAACCUCCGUGGAGUUCGCUUGAUGUGGAACAAAGGGGAGCCACUGCCUAUGAAGACUGUUUGGAACCCUUUCAGCCAAGAUGUGCCGUUUCUGACUUUCGCUUCACACCCUAUAUAUUGGCAUAAGGAUGGAGGCAUAGAAGAAAGAGAAACGUACGAUAUGGAAAUAUUUGCUCAAAAACUGCAAAGGGCUAUUGAAAAUAUGACGUCAUCUUGCUGCAUACAUCACUCACCUAUUGUAAUCCAAAGCUACCUAGGUAUCACUUCCUUACUCCACAAUAAAACUAGUAUGGGCUUCUUCAAGGUCAGAGGUAAAUUUAGUUUUUAGAAAUAAUUUAUUAUCUGUAUUCGAUAGUAUUUGACAUUUUGGAUAGAUAGUAAGGCUGUAUAUGGGUAUACUAUUACCAGAUUGUUUAUUAAAAAGGAUUGUGUCAAAACAUUUUUUUUUUUUUUUUGGAAAUUUCAGUUGUAAUUUUCCCUGUGAUUUUUUGUUGUAUAAUUAUUAAAUAUUGGUUAAAAAAUAUAUGAUAAUUAUUGAAAAUAAUGAAAUAAGUGCUCUGACUUUGAUAUAUAUUUCCUUGUAUCGAUCUAUGAACUAUAGAUUCACAACGAUUGCUCGACUUAGUAAUUAAAUAUAUUUGUAUAUACGAUUCUUUACUUCUUAAAGUUGUUUUUAUAGAAUACAUUUAUUUUUAAUUUAAUAUAAUAUGAAUUAUAAGCUAAUGUUUUAUAGAUACA